AUGUUUGAUCGAACACACUUUAGCUAUUGGAAUCUGUCGCUACCAAAAAGAAAGUGCCGCUAUGAUAUUGGGGAAGAAGUGUACAAAAUUGAUUGCACCGCACAUUUCAUAGAGUAUGAUGUUUUGACAAACUAUCCUAGCACAGGUUCUGCAGUGUUGCUUCCUUUGAUGUUACAAGCUGGAACAAAUAAUAUUGUAGCUGUUGAAGUUUUGGUGUAUAGAGGUGCACCCAAAGGCUCUUUUAUGCAAGCGAAAAUAGGUAGGGUAAUGAAUGGCAUGAUACUGCUUCUUAAUAGCAACGUUUUGAUCAUAAAUAGUGCUAAAGCUGGUACUACUGGUGGGAAGAUGGGUGAAAUCCAGCCUCGAAGCCUAUCUAAUACCAACCUAACAACCCAGUAG